AUUAAUAAAAAAGUUCUUUGUUGUCGCGAUGUAGUCGUCGACUAUAUAAGAAAUGCUACGACGGUCGUGAAAGCACAGCAAGACAACAUGAUGAAGAUCGCAGUUAGCAUUCUCGUCUUCGCGCUGGUAUCGAUAGCUGUAGGUACUCCCGACUACGGGUACGGUUAUGGUGAUGAUGAGGAUGAUGGAAGAUACAUGAUGUCUGGUGGCGGAAGAAUGUACGGUGGUCCAAUGGGCGGCGGAAGAAUGUACGGUGGCAGAAUGGGUGGGGGCAUGUAUGGAAGUAGUUAUGGCGGCCCUGGUAUGAUGGGAAGAAGCUACAGAUAUAUGUACGGGGCGGGGUACCCCGGUAUGUACGGUGGCGGCUCUAUGAUGCCAUAUGGAGGUGGCGGUAUGACUGGCUCCGGUUACAUGUCACCAAUGAGGUAUGGAUACGGAGGCGGCGGGAUGAUGGGAAGACACGGUGGUUAUGGCGGUUGGGGUCGCAGGUGUACGUGCCGCCACAGGUGCAAAUAUUACGAGUAUUAUGCCGGGAAGUGUUAUUGGUGCAGACAUCAUUAUUGUAGAGUCAGAUGCUGCAGGUACCGAUAAAUAUAACUCAGUGCAUACCGACGAUGACAAAAUGGAACGCUAUUACACAGACGACAGGUGAAACUGAUUUUGUUAGUACAUAUAGUUUAAUCAUAUAAUAAAACAUAAAGAUUCUCUUUUA